CACAUAUUGCCUACAACAUAAGCCACAGACAACUUUCAUUUAUCCGUGGAACGUGAAGUUAGCAGCAUUCCAGUCAGCCAAUGAAAUGGUUCUGUUUAUUCAUAGACAAAAAAGUCAGUUUCGUUUUGACCUGAUGGAAUAUGGCCGUGUUGGGGCCGUGCGUGAGUGUAAAUAUGAAUGGGCACAAUAAUAUUCACAGUCAGUUAACAAAAUCGUUAGAAAGAAUUUUAGAAGAUGCUUAUUUGAGUGGUGAAUUAAAAUUAAGUGGACGUAAGUUGCGAGACUUCCCGAAACCAGUGAAAUAUGACUUGAGUGACACAGUUGUGGCUGAUUUAUCGAAGAAUCGAUUCAGUGAAGUGCCCGAUGAAGUGACUACUUAUGUGUAUUUAGAAAAGUUGUUGUUAUCGCAAAAUAUCAUCAGAAGUGUUCCCGGGACAGUCGGAGGAUUGCAGUCGCUAACUUAUUUAGAUCUCAGUUCAAAUCAGCUCACCGAGCUGCCCAGAGAAGUAUGUCAGAUGCCGCUUCAGGUGCUCUUAGUUCCCGACAACUUGCUGUCCACACUGCCGAAGGAGAUCGGCAAGAUGACGUCACUGGCCGAGCUGGAUGCCUCCAACAACAGGCUGACGCAAGUCCCGAUGGCUCUGGGGGACUGCUCUGGACUGAGGGCUUUAGAUUUGAGCCACAAUCAGUUAGGACUUUUACCUUUACAAAUUACAUACCUUAGGUUGGAACACUUGGACGUCAGCUGUAAUUGCAUAUCCUCACUGCCGCUGGAGCUGCGGAAUAUGAACACACUCGUCACGUUGAAUCUGGACAACAAUCCUCUAGUCUCCCCGCCUACUACGAUUUGCAUGCGCGGGCGCGUGCACAUCUUCAAAUACCUAGAGAAUAUGGCAAACAAAGAUAACUUACCGGCACACAAAAGAAUCGAAGAGACCCGAAGAACGGCCAAACACAGUUCGUACAUAAACAACUCGCCGAAUCAGUCGGCGAACCAUCAGAUUACAUCGGGAAACGCUACCAUUGACUGCUUGAGGCACAAGCCGAGGCAUGUGGUGGAUAGUGGAUACAGUACGGACGGUGUGGACAAGAGGUGGUCAAAUGAUGGAGGCGGCGAAGCGGGGGGCGGGGGCUCCGGCCGGUCGACGCCAUCGACACCGUCAACCCUGUCUCCAGGAGCAGCGCUGUCGCGGGCUCAGUCUCUGUCGAGUGAGACGCCGCUAGCGCCGCUCACUCCUCUGCUAUCGGGCCUACGUAUUUCGCCCGAUGGGAACCUUUCCAAUGGCGACGAUAAGAGUAAAGUAGCCCAUCAACAAACAUACAGACAAUACAAAGAAGCCCUAAGACAGCAGCGCCAGCAAGACGUCUACCGACCCAGAACGGACCAGCCUUCGCCAGAACUGGACUCCUCCCCCCAAUCCCUAAACCAGAGUCCAGUCCACGCGAAGUCCUCACCCCACUCACCAGUCAACGGCUACAGUAACGUAUCCCCUAGUUUCUACACCCGAUCCAUAUCUUCCAACGCUAGCAUUUCUACCUCAUCCCCUAACUCUUCCCAAGUGCCAAACUCCCCCCUCCUCCAUUCCACCCCCAGACGAUUCCAGAGUCAGAACGGGAAUAAUGAGAAAGAGGAAAACAAACGACCAGUGCAGAAAGUUGUGCCAUCUCGGAAUGUCAACAAAAUGUAUUCGAGCGUCAAUGGGAACGUAGACUACAACCGAGUGAACGGUCAAACCGAAGUGUACAUUAAACCCACGUCUCCUACAAAAUCUCCGACUAGUACACUAGGGUACAAUAGCAUAGGGAAGUCUAGUAUACCGCGAGUGAAUGGGGACAGCGCUCGACUGUUGACCACAAGCGUGUCGUACUUGAAAGGUGCUCCGAAGCCGGCGGGCAAGAUGGCGUGGAAUAAAGAGGCGGCGGCGGAUAAACUCAGCUUCACCAUGAAGAGGGAGUUCGAUAAGCAAAAGGAAGAGGAAGAAUUACUGCAGCAGUUGAGGACGAUAAUAGAAACUCGAUUGAAGAUGUCACUCCCAGAACAGUUGGCGCCGGUUCUCUGCGACGGCGUGGUACUGUGUCAUCUCGCCAACCACGUUCGACCUCGCGCCGUCGCCUCCGUUCAUGUACCCUCGCCUGCGCAGCCCAAACUCACAAUGGCAAGGUGUCGAAGAAACGUGGACAACUUCUUGGAAGCGUGUCGAAAAAUUGGAGUUGAAGAGAAACUAAUGUGCUGCGCGGCCGACGUUCUCGAGGGCAAAGGCACAGUUCAAGUGGCCAUUACAGUAACCGAGCUACUUCGGCGACACAACAGCCUACGAGGCUCCCCGCACCCCGCACCGCCCGCCGCGUCCGCGCCUUCCGCCGCCGCCACCUAGCGCCCGAUGCUUGCGCUCGCGCCGCAAUCCACUCUGUCGCUCUAGUGUACGUGAAGUGAUAGUGAAGAGGUAAUUGAGACGAUUUGUUCUAGGUGUACCAAAAGUUAAAUAAGUGUGUGAAGGAAAUACUGUCGCGUUACCGGAUACCUUAAUGUGGCAAAAUGUCUUUCCUCAAACGUCAUCUAGCGCCCGAUGCUUGCGCUCGCGCCGCAAUCCACUCUGUCGCUCUAGUGUACGUGAAGUGAUAGUGAAGAGGUAUUUGAGACGAUUCGUUAUAGGUGUACCAAAAGUUAAAUAAGUGUAUCCGGAAGUGAAACGAGACUUGUAAUAUUGAUAAUGUUAGCCGGGCAUUCUGAUACUGCCACCUGUUUAGCACAGUUAAAAGAGUCUUCUCUCCACCACCAUCAUCUAUCGCCCGAUUCUUACGAUUGUGCUGCAAUCAACUCUGUCGCUCUAGUGUACGUGAAGAGGUAUUUGAGACGAUUUGUUCUAGGUGUACCAAAAGUUAAAUAAGUGUAUCGGAAAGUGAAGCUAGACUUGUAAUGCUGUUACUAAUUAUUAUGAUAGGGCACGAUACUGUCAACUAAUCUGAGGUUUCGCUCGGUUGUAAGAGUUCUUCUACCCUCACCACAGUCAAGUGGCCAUCACAGUGACGGAGCUCCUUCGACGUCACAACAGUCUACGAGGCUCCCCGCACCCCGCGCCGCCCGCCGCGUCCGCGCCUUCCGCCGCCGCCACCUAGCGUCCGAUGCUUGCGCUCGCGCCGCAAUCCACUCUGUCGCUCUAGUGUACGUGAAGUGAUAGUGAAGAGGUAUUCGGACGAUGAGGUAUUUGAGACGAUUUGUUCUAGGUGUACCAAAAGUUAAAUAAGUGUAUCGGAAAGUGAAGCUAGACUUGUAAUGCUGUUACUAAUUAUGAUAGGGCACGAUACUGUCAACUAAUCUGAGGUUCCGCUCCGUUGAAAGAGUUGUUCUACCCCCUACCACCGUCAAGUGGCCAUCACAGUAACCGAGCUCCUUCGGCGACACAACAGCUUGCGAGGCUCCCCGCACCCCGCGCCGCCCGCCGCGUCCGCGCCUUCCGCCGCCGCCACCUAGCGCCCGAUGCUUGCGCUUGCGCCUCAAUCCACUCUGUCGCUCUAGUGUACGUGAAGUGAUAGUGACGAGGUAUUUGAGACGAUUUGUUCUAGGUGUACCAAAAGUUAAAUAAGUGUAUGAAGGAAAUACUGUCGCGUUACCAGAUACCUUAAUGUGGCAAAGUGUCUUUCCUCAAACGUCAUCUAGCGCUCUAACCUUGCGCUCGCGCCGCAAUCCACUCUGUCGCUCUAGUGUACGUGACAAGGUAUUUGAGACGACGUACUUGAAGUGAACAUGUGUAUGAGACGAUUUGUUCUAGGUGUACCAAAAGUUAAAUAAGUGUAUCCGAAUGUGAAGCUAUUAAUACUAAUAUAGCAAGGUUUCUCCCUAUGACGUCAUCUAGUGUCCGAUGCUUGCGCUCGCGCCGCAAUCCACUCUGUCGCUCUAGUGUACAAGUGAAGAGGUAUUUGAGACGAUUUGUUCUAGGUGUACCAAAAGUUAAAUAAGUGUAUCCGAAAGUGAAGCGGGAUACUGUCUUGUCGCGUUACUGGGUAGUUUACCUUAGUGUAGCAAGGUUUUUAUAUCCGAUGUCGUCACCUAGCGCCCGAUGCUUGCGCUCGCGCCGCAAUCCACUCUGUCGCUCUAGUGAACGUGAAGUGAUAGCGAAGAGGUAUUCGGACGAUGAGGUAUUUGAGACGAUUUGUUCUAGGUGUACCAAAAGUUAAAUAAGUGUGUGAAGGAAAUACUGUCGCGUUACCAGAUACCUUAAUGUGGCAAAGUGUCUUUCCUCAAACGUCAUCUAGCGCUCUAACCUUGCGCUCGCGCCGCAAUCCACUCUGUCGCUCUAGUGUACAUGACAAGGUAUUUGAGACGACGUACGUAAAGUGACCAUGUGUAUGAGACGAUUCGUUCUAGGUGUACCAAAAGUUAAAUAAGUGUCUGAAUGUGAAGCUAUUACUACUAAUAUAGCAAGGUUUCUCCCUAUGACGUCAUCUAGUGUCCGAUGCUUGCGCUCGCGCCGCAAUCCACUCUGUCGCUCUAGUGUCCGUGAAGUGAUAGUGAAGAGGUAUUUGAGACGAUUUGUUCUAGGUGUACCAAAAGUUAUGGAUAAGUGAAUAAGUGUAUCGAACAAUUUGGUUAACGAUAUGAUCGGGCACUGUCGAUACUACCACUGGCGCCAACUAGUGGCCAAACCUUGCACUGGCGCUGUAAUCCACUUCAUCUCUCUAUAUAGUAUACGUAAAAAGGUAUUUGAGACGAUUUGAAGUGUGAUCGUCCGUAAAGCGAGGUAUUAUCGCAUUACCGGAUAGUUUACCCUAAUGGGUUUAGGUUUAGUCACCUAGUGCCCGAAAAAUGUAGCAAGGAUUCGCGUGGCUGUAAAUAUUUUUUUGAAACCUAAUAGACAUAAAAGUAAUUUAUUUUCUGCGAGAUACCUUUAAAAAGCGCUUAGACACAGUCUAAAAUUAUUAUUACAGUCGUACUAGCACCCUCGUUCAUAAUUUUACACUCCGAAAUCGAGGAGACAAUGGAAACGAAAAUAAACUAUAUCCAAACUGCCACAUAGUGUGCUCUGUGAGUGCUAGUUUCUAUAUUUCGAGUGAAGGUGCACGCCCACCGAUCUGUGGCCAAGUAAGCGAACGAUUUUGAGAAAUUGAUACCAGUUGGCGGCUAAGUAAUUUUAGUCCCAAAUGUGCGGUAUCAAAGUUAAAUGUCAUUUAUUACUAGGAAAUUCGACCCUACAUUAGAACUGCUUGUAGAGAGAGUGACGUCACUUCGAAUUAGAUCAAGUCAAGCAAAUUACAAAAAAAAAACCAUUUGUAAAGUUAUAUAACUUUCCACUGCUUGAUCUCACUUGAGGUGAUAAAACAUCACUAAAUAGUGUUGUACUCUGAUUGGUCUGAGAAUGAAUCAAUUACAUAAACUUUUUACGACUUUUACCCAUCUAGGAAUCUAAUAAAAUAAGUAUUUGCCAAUUCUAAUAAUAUUACAUGGGGAAUGUUGUUUAUUAUGGCAAUACCAAAGCCUACAGGCAACAAAUGUGAUUAUAUUUUUUAACCUUUUCAAGGAGAUGCUUCUGUGUACGUCUUCCCCAUGUAAUUUCCUCGUUUGAAUUCCUAUAUCUAUGUAGACAAUCCUAAGAACAUAAUUUUAAUGGUUCUAGACUAAAUAACGGAAUGAAUUUAAAUGUAAGAUAUUAAAGCAAUAGCCUAUAUUGUAAGCUAUACUACCUUGACCAUUAUAGUGUAUUCUAACGUGUUUGAUACUUGACGUGUGUGCUUACUUGACUUUGACUUAGACUUUGAAUUUUUGUAGAAUAAUAUCGCUAUUAAUUAGCGCAUGAGCACGGUGCACGCUCUUAUGUCCAUUGCAGACAUUGGUUACAUUGUUUAACCUAAAAGACAGUAAAAAAAAGCCAUAUUAAACAUUGGAAAUUGAGUGGACCAUGUUCCUUACAUUUUUGGAUGAGACGCAGAUAUUUCUCCAGUUUGUUGACACAUAAUGUCGUCACAAGACAUGAAUAGAGUCAAAUUAUGGUGUAAGGAUGGUGUUUGUCACCAUUAAGCUCGUAGUCACAACCACUUAAGGUGCUUCUGAUCUUCUGCACAACAAUCACGAAUUUACUAGGGAAUUUUCGACCUGUCAUUUACACAUGUUAUGUAUGUAGGCACGUUUAGCGCAAUUUGUUGAAUAGUGAAGUGCCUCAUCCGAUGUACAGUCGGAUUCAACAAAGAUAGACAGAUUUAUAAAAGGUUUUUUUUGUCGUAUCAGUAAGCAAACUUUUCUUGAAGUGAUAUUUUUGACAUAAUCUAAGUUAAUGAAAUACCAAAUCACACUGAAUCCGACUGUACGUAAUGUCCAAAGUAGUCAAUGAAGUGUCUUAGUAAGAUAGCUUUUGUCAUUAUAGUAACGAAUUUGAACUGACGUCUAUGAAUUGAGGCAGAAUGCCUCUUCUACGUCAUAAGUUUUUAUACAUUUACUAUAAGAGUAUCUUCAUGAUAAUUCAUUCUUUGUGUCAUUAAAAUGAGUUAAAUGGCUUAAAAACUUUUUUACUUGUUAAAUGCCCAUGAUCUAUUUGAGUGAGUGUUGAAACUUUUGAUGAAAAGAACAUUUUCUUUUUAAAAGUUAAUCUUCACCCAAUGUAAUUUUGGCAUAGCAUUAAUUUUCUUGAUGAUUUGUAUAUGCCUUACUAAGGUAUGAAAAAUAUUGUUAUUCUACUUUAAAUUUUGUCUAUAACCAAUAAGGUAAAUAAGUGACAAAUUAUUUAAAAAAAGUACUUGUCGUAUCUUGUGUAGAUUUUUUCUGCUUUUAAGAUAUGUCAGUAGUGUGAUUUUUUAUAAAGUAUCAAUUAUUAUUACGCCAAGUCUGCAAAGUCAUUAGUAGAAGAACCAAUGGAUUUAACUGAAUGUGAUUAUUGUACCAUAAUUUUGGCUGUGCAAUCCUGUAGAAAAUUCGCAAUGGUUCAAAAUGUAGUAUAAAUAAUAGUGAACCUUGAUUAGUCACUUUUAGAUUAUUUUCUAUUCUAUUGAUCAAAUAAAUAUAGGUUAAAAAUCCGUUUAAAAUGUACGGUCAAAUAGGUACCUACAUACUCGUAUUUGUUUCAGUAAAAAGAUUUUUUAAAAGAUGAUAAAAUUUUUUGGUUGUGUUUAUUUUUCACAUGUUAAUAAUAAUAGUGAACUUUUUCACUUACUCGACGGCAUAGAAUACUUAAUAAGUUAUUUGAUAAAAUGAUUUUCUUCUUUUCAAUUUGUAAUAUCAAUGAAAGUAUAAUGAUUUUUCUAUCUCAAACUUUGUAAAUAUUGAUGAUUAUAAUACUGUACGUAAAUGUAAACAUAUCCUGUCCUUUACCACCGAUUUGCGGACAUUAUGUAAUACUAUAAUACUCAUAUAAUGUAUUUUAGGAUAUUUUUUUCUUGUCACAUUAAUGUAGUCAAUUCUAAGUUAGGGUCACAAUACUUGUGUAAAAUAAAAGGUAAGUCAAAGUUUUGUGUUUUUAUGAUUAAGAUAAAAUAUUGUAAUUAAUUAAAGGAAAGCUUUAUGAUUUUUAUUUGCUAAUACAUUAUGAUUUGUUAUUGAAUGAAACUUGAUGCGAACAAAAAAUGGCAUUACUUUAUAGAUAUUUAAAAUUAUGUGUCAAUAUAUUGCAAUGUAAAAUAGGUAUUCUUAAUAAACAAAUGUAUCCCACAUAUUUUUUGUAAUAUUCAAUGUAAUUAAUUUUGAACAAAUAAGAUGUAAUUUUCUUUGUUUUGUGUUACCACAAGGUAUAAAUGUAGGAUAUAAAAUUAUUAUAUUUGUAUGCAUUUUGUAGUCGUUAUCUAUAUCGUAUUUAAUGUAUCUAUCAACCUAUAAAUUGGCUUCUACACAUUGUCGGUAUUUUAACAUCAGUUUAUUCAAAAUUGAACUUGCAAUGGUCCUGUCAAUAUAAGAAAAUAUGUUAUUUUUCUGAGACUAAAACAUCGUCUAUGUAUAGAAGCUAUGAAGGAAUGUGUAUAAUAUAAGUUUAAGUAUAAAAGAACUGAAUGUCGGAAUCGAGUCUUUGUCCUAUUCAAAGAUAAUGUGCCAAAGACUAUGGUUGAGGGAUUUUCUUUUUAAAACACUGUGUAUUGCACUGGUCUCUUAGAAGUAAGUAUUAUUUGGCAAAACCGUAUCCUACACACGUGUUUAUAUGUAGAUAAAAUAAAACAUAUACAUUUUCAAAAUA